AUUGUGUCUCAACUUAUACGAUUUUUUAAGUUGAGACACAAUGAUGCUGUAUUUUAUUCCCAAUGAUAGAGACAAAUGCUUUCGGAUUUAGUCCUUAACUAAAUCGUAGUAGAGUAAAUCUAAACUGAACCGAUGCGGGGUCCCCAGACCAAGUGAGGUGCAGUUCUUGGUUUGCGCUACUGGUUCCUGGAGAGCGGGUCGGGUUCCUGGUGAGCGGGUCUGGUUCUGGUGGGCGGUUUGGGUUCCUGGGGAGCGGUAGGCCUACUGGUUCUUGCGGAGCCUCUGUCUGUCGUGCAGCGUGAUCAGGAAGUCCUCAGCGCUCCCUUGCUGGAUCUCUUUCAACAGUGACGAAUGGGCUGAAAGAUGGAUGUCAACCGGAAGGAUUUCUACAUCGGUCUGUCUUUGGCGAUCGGAUCCAGUGUCUUUAUCGGGGCGAGCUUUAUUUUGAAAAAGAAAGGCUUGCUACGAUUGGCCAGCAAGGGUUCAAUGCGAGCAGGCCAGGGAGGUUAUUCGUACCUUAAAGAAUGGCUGUGGUGGGCGGGGCUGAUCUCAAUGGGUGUUGGCGAAGCUGCAAACUUUGCAGCAUAUGCGUUUGCACCUGCAACCCUUGUGACCCCUCUCGGAGCCAUGAGUGUACUCGUAAGUGCUGUGCUGUCCACCCAUUUUCUGAAUGAGAAGUUGAACGUCCAUGGAAAAGUGGGGUGCCUGUUGUGCAUCUUUGGCUCCACGGUGAUGGUGGUGCAUGCGCCCCAGGAGGAGGAGGUGGCCUCGCUCGGCAGCAUGGCUGAGAAGCUCAAAGACCCCGGCUUUAUUGUUUUCGCCACUUCCGUGGUUCUGAUCAGCCUGGUCCUCAUUUUCGCCGUGGCGCCCAAAUACGGCCAGAAGAACGUCCUGGUCUACAUCCUGAUCUGCUCCGUGAUUGGCUCGCUGUCCGUGUCCUGCGUGAAGGGCCUGGGCAUCGGCUUCAAGGAGCUGGUGGCCGGGACGGCCGUGCUUAAGGAGCCGCUCUUUUGGUGCCUGCUCGUCUGCCUGGUGAUCUGCGUGAGCGUCCAGAUCAGCUACCUGAACAAAGCGCUGGACAUCUUCAACACCUCCAUCGUCACGCCCAUCUACUACGUGUUCUUCACCACCUCGGUCAUGGCCUGCUCGGCCAUCCUCUUCAAGGAGUGGCUGCGGAUGAACACGGACGGCGUGGUGGGCACCGUCAGCGGGUUCCUCACCAUCAUCAUGGGGAUACUGCUGCUGCACGCCUUCAAGGACAUCCCCUUCACCUGGGAGACGCUGCCGCUGUACCUGAGGAACGGCCUGCAGGGGGCGCCCUGGCAUCAGCUCCCCUAUGCAGCCCUCCCCGGACACCAGAGCGAGAAGGCAGAAGAGGGCGGGCCGACGAUGGGGGGGUAUCCCCCAGGAAGCCCUGUGAGGAGGAAGGGCAGCCUUGGGGCGGUCUAGCCACUAACACCCCCCCCCCCCCCCAAGAAA